AUGUCGCUUUCUGCGGCAUUUGUCGUCAUAUUUGCUCAGGAAAUUGUAGCAGCCCUUGAAUCAUUGAUCACCCCCACAGUCACACGAAAAUGUGGCUUCAUGAUCGAGGGCCAGCUUUAUGUUCGGCAGCCUGUGGAAGUCGUGCAGCGCCGUGAUGGUUUCAGUCAACGGAUACACGACCUGCUGGUGUUCUUUGUGAACAAGCCUCCUUGA